CGUGAAAAGCUAACUGCAACUGGCGUAUUUUAAUAAUUUAAUUAGUGAAUGAGAUUUGGUUGCACCAACCCUUGCGCAAUGCUUCUCUGUUAUUAAACGCAAAUUGCAUUAAGUUCUAGAGUUGGGUUCCAGAGUAACGCUCUACAAAUUUUUGCAAGUGAACAGAUGUGUUGCAUGGGACUUCUCACACCUUAAUUUUAUUCUCAAAUUGGUCAGUACUUUAUGGUGGUAGAAGUUUUGUUAUUGGAAAGAGCAAAAGUGCAUCAAGGGUAAAACUCAUGUGUUAAAAACAAAAAGACUCUGCCAUAGCAGGCAAAUUCGGCUCAGCAAGGAUUAGACCAUAUGUGCUAAUGUUUGCCCCAUAGUCAACGGUGCUUGAACCGAUUGUUACCGCGUGGUUUCUGGGCAUGGUAAAAGCCAUUUAUUGUGUGCUGUGCGUAAAGUGCUUUUGUUGUAAGUGCGAAAAUGUGCGAAUUAAAAUUAUAAUCAUCAUCAUUAAUUAAUUAUUUCUCGCAGGUGGAGCAUAGUGGCUAAAGUAAGCUGAGGAGCGAGAGUAGCUCUGGUUGCGUGUUGCAUAUAGAUUCAGUGUUCAGUGUUCGUUUCAGUGCAGUGUUGAAAUCUAAAUCUCAGGUGAAUGUGAUCGCUGGAAUUGGUGAACCGUGUUGCAAAGCGGAGGUGCUGCAUGAAGGAGACCCAUACGGUGUCGACAUUCGCAGCAGCAGCAGCAGCAUCAGAAGCGUCUAGGGCAACAUGAUGACCAUACGUAGGAUUUGGUCAGGACCUCAGUUUAAAAUGUUAAUGCUGCUGACCGUGACGGUUGUGUUGGCGUUGGUUGUGCCAUCCAACGAGGAACCGUAUGGUGGCGGCGGUGGAUAUUUUGGAGCAGAAACACGAUGUCCGCGACUAUGUGCGUGUACCGGCACGACAGUAGACUGUUCCCAUCGAGGAUUGACCCAGGUGCCCCGGAAUAUUCCAUCGGAGACAGAUAGACUGGAUCUGCAAGGCAAUAACAUCAGUGUCAUCUACGAGUCCGACCUGCAAGGAUUGGCGAAGCUGCGAAUACUGCAACUGACGGACAACCAUAUCUACACCAUUGAGAAGGACGCCUUGCACGAUCUGAUAUCGCUGGAAAGAUUACGGCUUAAUAGCAAUCGCUUAAAAUCAAUACCAGAUAAUUUUUUAUCCAGUGCCGCUAAUUUAUUACGAUUGGAUUUGUCACACAAUGCACUUACCGCCGUACCGAAGCGUGCGUUUAAGGGAGCACCAGCACUGCGUAGUCUACAGUUGGACAACAAUCAAAUCACCUGCCUGGAUGAAGGUGCCGUGAAAGGGUUGACCGAGUUGGAAAUACUAACCCUAAAUAACAAUAACAUCACCACGCUACCGCGCGACAUGUUUGCCGGAAUGCCACGCCUGCGGGCGCUGCGCCUUUCGGAAAACCCAUUUGCGUGCGAUUGUCAUCUUUCGUGGUUGGCUCGGUAUCUGAAGAAUGCAUCACGUCUGGCACCGUACACUCGGUGCCAUUCACCCGGCCAGCUCAAGGGACAGAAUGUGGCCGAUCUGCACGAACAGGAGUUCAAAUGUUCCGGUAAGUGAGGAUGACCAAACACGCCGUCAUAAUCCAGUUUCUGCUGGUGGAUCAAGGUGGAUCCCAUUCAAUGAUUGGCUGCUACUGGAAGUCCCACAUAAUUGUUGUUUAUUCCUAAGCGAAUGCACUGGGGAACUGACAUAUACGACCAACGAGUGUGUACUCCAACAUUGACCACACGCAAUGGCAUUGUUUUUGUGUCAUUCGUGUAGUGCACAGCUAGGAAGUCUUGUCUUACCUUUAUGAAAUCCAGCUCGAAUGAAACAUUGUUUACGGGUGUGGCUUUGGAGACUCCAGCAUAACCCAUGUUCACGUAUCGAUGACAAUACAUUAAUUGCCUUCGGUGUCCUUGAUGUUUUGCACUGGAUGGCUUUGGUACAAUUGUGUACAGUCAAUCAACCUCAAGAAGAAUUCGGAAUAAUCUAACUUUCAAUACCAGAGAACGUUUCAAAGAGACCCUACAAAGUGCAUACCUUUCUGAGUAAUUUUUUAUCGAUUGAUGACCAACCCUUGUUAUAUUCGCAUAAAUUAGCUACACUUUGUACUAUAAAACACGUGCAUAUUUUCCACUCAGUGUUUCGGUCACUGAAGUAAACUUAAGUAUGUUGUUUGACACGAACCAUAAAUUACCCAACAAUUGCUGGAAGCCCUCGGGAUAUUAACUCACGUUCUUAUAAAAAUGUGCCACCAUAAACUAAUUUCUCUUUUUAUUAUGCGACACACGCAAAUGUGCAACCUAUUUUUUCUCUUCUCUGUUCAUUAUAAUUAUGGUAGCGCACUGCAGCGGAGUACUCGGUAGUAUACAAACACGUCCGACACUUGGCGCGAAACCAUAUUAAACGUGCUAGGACACUCAUUCAUUUUUCCCACCAUUCUAAUGAAGUUUCGAACGACAACGACAUGGUACAUGGGUGUCAGUUUUUCCUUGUUUUUCGCUCACAAUCAAAUGCAAAUUGCAUUCAGAAAUAAUCUCAUUCGUGUCAUGUGGCGGAUAAAAACGGCAGCUUCCGGCAGAUGAGAUCGGAUGAGAGUAAAACGUGAAAAUAAAAAUCCUGCAGUAGAUUUAAACCAAUCAAAUCCACCACAAAGUGGUUCUGAUCCAAUGGUCAACAACGGUGCUAUCAGGCUGAACGCACGAUUUGUAAUUGCACGCAUUUGAAAGCAGGUCAAACGCUGGUUUCUGGCUGAACACUACUCAAAUGUGCCACGCCAUUGAGUGAUUGGGGAAGGUAAAUUUUACUGCAAAUGGGUCCAUCAAUUUUCUACGUACGCCUUGUCGUGCGCUUCCCGUGCAUUUCCUGCUGCAGGGGGGAGAAACUCAUAAAGCUUCAUGCACACUACCGUGCCGUGUCAUCAUCAUCAACACCAUCACCGAAAUGGUUGUGGACGUUUGUAAGAACCGCGAAAACCAGAAGCAAUCUGGACACCGCACCUGGUAUACACCCCGAGGACCAUGCAGCAGAACAUGGUCCGCAAUGGCAGGAUUCAUUUUCCGAGCCACUAUUGCACACACUUUCCAUGCACGUGACACUCAUGAAUAUGUAAAUGUUAAUUUAUGCCACCUUCGUGUAUGUGUGUCCGGCUGGUCACCUCAUAGGGAAAAGGGCCACGCAUUGGUUUGCGAAUUUCACACUUCAUACGGUGCUAACAGAUGAAAGUCUGGCCACGGCUUAGAAAUGGCACCACACAAAGCCCACCGUCACGCGUUUGGAUCAAUGAGAAUCAAAUUACUGGAAAAAUAAUCGCCCAUUCGACCGGUCCAAAAUGUUCCGACGGAGUUUGCCGACAUGUCUAGACCAAAGCAAUCGAUUAUGUCUCUUACAUUAUUCUAUGUUCAGUUUUAUUAUUUUUAUUUAUCAAUUGUGUGAUGCAGGAAUCUAUUGAAAUUACAGAAAUUAGUCUAUCCAGCAGAUUUCCAUCGCUAAAAAUCUACAUAAAUUACAGCUC